AUGUCCUGCUAUGAGCGGUGCCCUUCCACUCCCUGUGGCCCAACCCCACUUGCCAACAGCUGCAAUGAGCCCUGUGUCCGGCAGUGCCAGGACUCGACAGUGGUGAUCCAGCCCUCUCCUGUGGUGGUGACCCUGCCUGGCCCCAUCCUCAGCUCCUUCCCCCAGAACACCACUGUGGGAUCCUCAGCAUCUGCGGCUGUUGGGAGCGCACUCAAUGCUGAGGGAGUCCCCAUCUCCUCUGGUGGCAGCUCCUUGGGAUUUGGAAGCUUUGGCUAUGCAGGCCUGGGCAGUGGGUACGGCCGGCCCUACCGUCGCUACAACACCUACCGCAGCAGUUUCAGUGGGCCAUGCUAA